CCCAUCCAUCUACCCAUUCAUCUGCCCAUUCAUCCACCCAUCCAUCCAUCUACCCAUUCAUCUACCCAUCCAUCCACCCAUCCAUCCAUCUACCCAUUUAUCCAACCAUCCAUCCACCCAUCCAUCCAUCUACCCAUUCAUCCAACCAUCCAUCCACCCAUCCAUCCAUCUACCCAUUCAUUCCCCCAUUCAUCCAUCUACCCAUUCAUCCACCCGUUCGUUUAUUUACUCACUCACCCAUCCACUCAUCCAUUCAUCCUCUCUUUCUUUCAUCAUCCAUCCAUCCACCCAUCCAUCCAUUCAUCCACAUAUUCAUCCACCCAUUCCCCUGUUCAUCCACCAAUUCAUUUAUUCAUCCAUCCAUCCACCUAUUCUAUUCACCCACCUAUCCAUUCAUCCUUUCUUUCUUUCAUCAUCCAUCCAACCAUCCAUCCAUCCAUCCAUCCAUCCAUCCAUCCAUCCAUCCAUCCACCUAUUGUAUUCACCCACCUAUUCAUUCAUUCACUCACCCAUCUAUCCACCCAUCCAUCCUCCCUUUCUUUCAUCACCCACCCACCCAUU